AUGUCGCGGCCGCGAAUUUUGCGCGUUCCGCGAAAAAUUGGCGAUCGCGCCGCGUUCGCUCUUCGAAUCACGUCGCGUUCGCGGUUAAGAUCACAUCGCGUUCGCGAUUCAAAACAAAUCGCGUCAUGUUCGCGAUUUAAAUCAGAUUGUAUCGCGUUCGCGUUCUGGGACGCUACACAUUCGCGAUCCAAAUCGCGUCAGACGAAAUUGCAUCGCGUUCGCGGUUCAGAUCAGAUUGUAUCACGUUCCUGGCUGGGAUCGCGUCGCGUUCGCGACUCAGAUAAAAUAAAAGCAUAA